AUGUCGGACGAGCUAGCUUCCACACUUGCUUCCUUUCAGGAGUUCAUGGCCGGAGUCAGUAGACGCUUGGAUCAGAUAGAGAGUUCUCGCCAGGAUCCUCAUCCGGCUGGCAUGGUCACUGACGAGACGAUUCCUCAUGCAUCUCAGACAGCACAGACUCGUCCACCUGGGGUUUCACUUGGUACUCCGUUCCAUCUGGCAGAUCAUUAUGAGACCAUUCCACCACAUACUGUCACAGUGCCACCUCCCAUGGUUCCCACUAUCGAGGAUACUCGAUUAGCCGAGCAGGAGGCCAAGGUUGAGAGGCUUGAGUCCAUGAUGAGAUGGAUCAGAUUGCAGGACGGAGGUUUGACUUGGGAUGACAAAGACGGCAUACCGGCGGCUAGCUUGCCCGCCAAGUUUCGCAUGCCGGACAUCGAGCGUUACAGUAGGAUUGGUUGUCCCAAGAUCCACUUGAGAUUGUUCAGCACGGUCAUGGGGGCACAUGGUAUCGAUGAUGCGCAGUUGGUGGCCCUCUUUCCUAUGUCACUUAGUGGAGCAGCUCAGAGGUGGUUUGCUUCGGUUGAGCCUUCGAGACUCCGCACCUGGGGGGAUGUGGCUCAUGAGUUCCUGACUCAGUUUGCUUUCAGUGCUGAUAUUGACGUAUCUAGACAAGAGUUGGAGGCCACCAGGCAGAGGCCAGACGAGUCUAUUUCUUCCUUUCUGAGGUUCGCGAGACGUCUUGUGGGCGUCCUAUUUCAGGACCUCAAGAGUCUGGUUCAGGCAGCUUUCAGUGGGAAGAAGCCGAUUGGAUCAUUUGGUAGAUCUGGAGAGGUUGGCGCUAUUAGUUAUCAGUAUCGGAGGCCCGCACAUCACUCGCCUUACAAACCUUCUCCAAUCAAAGCUCCUUUCUCUCUUCCACAGUAUCAGUAUCAGCUGGAUUAUGCUCAGGAGCCUUACAUUGCUCAGACUAGCAUGCAGCCGCGACCACCACAUCCGAGAGCCGCUACUCACCCACUGCCUAGACCAUAUGUACAGAGACCUGCGAGACAGUUCACUCCGUUGGACAUGACUUUGACUAGAGCUUUUGAGAAGCUCUGGGACGCUGGAGUGAUUGUUCCUUUGGUGUCGAGGCCUUUGCCCCAUCCUAUUCCUCCUCAUUUCCGUUCAAAUGAGCACUGCUUGUAUCAUUAG